AUGGCCGAGGUAUUCACACAAAUUAUAUCACGAGCAUCGAAUCGCAUGCUGGGUGGCAAAUCCCUUAGUCGAAAUCGAGAUUGGACUGAUACAUCGAUCAAUUUUACCACCGAUACGUGGUUAGCUUCGCAGAAACUGAAGCAGUAUCCAGCAUGGCUCCGUCCAAUAGUCCAGCAUAUCCUACCUGAGAUGAAUCGAGUGCGCCGUCACUUCACCAUCGCUCAGCAAGUCAUUUGUCCACUUGUCCAGAUACGAUCGGAAAUUGAAAAGAAGAGCGAUAUUCCUAUCGAUCUUUUGCAGAUGCUGUGGGAAGCCGCCGAUCCUGCAGAUAAAAACCCGAACUUUAUGGCUUAUACAGCUCUAGCUAUCUCAUUUGCCGCAAUUCGCACUAGUUCCUCGGUACCAACCCAUCUUCUCUACGAUCUGUGUGCCCGACCAGAAUAUAUUCAGCCGUUGCGAGAAGAGGUCCAAUCGGUGCUUUCCGAGGAAGAGAAUCUCUUCACCAAGGGUGCUGUGAAUAAAUUGUUGAAGUUGGACAGUUUCAUGAAGGAAUCCCAGCGGUUCAACCCCCUCUCUCUUCUCACUUUUGGUCGAGUUAUUCAGUCCAACUGCAUGCUCCAUGACGGACUCAUUAUCCCAAAGGGCACGAUCAUCGGGGUACCCGCCCACGCAAUAUCACAGGAUGCAGCUUUCUAUCCUUCGCCAUCCACACUUCAACCAUUUCGGUUCGUUCCCUCAACUCCCGGAGAGAAGACGGCUGGGUUUGUGACAACAAAUGCAUCGUCAAGUCUGAGCUGGGGUUAUGGGAAGCAUGCAUGUUCCGGACGCUUCUUCGCAGCAAACGAAAUAAAGCUGAUAAUGGCGCACUUAUUGCUCAAUUAUGAUUUCAAAUUUGCUGGAGGGAGAACUGAGCGACCGGCCAAUUAUACAUUUGAACUGCAGAAUAUGCCAGAUGAGAACGUGGAGGUGCUAGUCCGGCGACGAAGCGAGGUUACAGCCGUGACCAGAUGA